AUGACUGUAGAAGAAGAGCGGGCACUUGGAGGUGAAACACUAAAGACACCAAACUUCGACAGGAUGGCAUCCGAACAAGCAAUCAUAGGCGGCCCGGAUACUUGUUCCCCAGAGCCAAAAGGUGAAACACUAAAGACACCAAACUUCGACAGGAUGGCAUCCGAACAACGAAACAUAUAUGGCGGCCCGGAUACUUGUGGCCCACAGCCAAAAGGUGAAACACUAAAGACACCAAACUUCGACAGGAUGGCAUCCGAACAACGAAACAUAUAUGGCGGCCCGGAUACUUGUGGCCCACAGCCAAAAGUAUACACUGGCUACAACCCUGACGAACCAAUCCUGGGAGCCCCCUCUGCGGAAGAGCCUUUCAAGAAUCAAGAGAUAGAUCGGCCCUUGGCUCUCUGUGCUCUGUUCCAGGGUCAGCUGCAGGAUUACCUCAAUGGCGGCAAACAGUUUGAUCAGUACGUCCCCAUGGGGUGCCAGACGCAGGUGGUUUCUGGGAUGAACUACAUCAUUCGGAUCAAGACUGGUCCAAAGAGUGAGAUUGGGUUGGAGGCUUACUGGCCCAUAGGCUCCGGCUUCCCAGAAAUGACCAACUGGUACCAUUGGGGGAAGAAAACCAAACAUCCUGAAGCUUGA